AACAGAGGAAGCACGAAAAGGGGAAAGGGACUAAAAGGAGCUUUACCUGUUAAUGCAAAUAAGAUACUGUUAACAGCGCUAUUCGGCUUUUACGGAGGGGGAAAGACCGUCACUUCUCACCGUUUCACCAAGGCAGUUCGGGGGAAACACGAGAUGGGGCUCGCUUUGCCCAGAUAUUUCCACAAGAGUACUCACGUGGUUCUGAUGGGACUCGACUCAGCCGGAAAGUCAACCUUACUGUUCAGGCUACAGCAAGGUGUUGUCAUGGAGACCUCACCCACCGUUGGCUUCAACGUGGCCACCGUGGAACUGGAUAAGAAGACGUCGCUGACGGUGUGGGAUGUUGGCGGGCAGGGGAUUAUGAGGGCCAACUGGAGAUAUUACUUGGAAGGAUGCAAGGCACUGGUGUUUGUCGUCGACAGCAGCGACCAGACCCGCAUGGGGGAGGCAAAAAAAGCCCUGAAAAAGGUCUUAAGCGAUGAAAACAUGCGGGGCGUCCCUCUUAUGGUGCUGGCUAACAAGAAGGACCUGCCAAACUCCAUGACGAUCCGACAGGUGUCUGAUCAGUUGGACCUGCCCAGUUACAAGGACAGAGAAUGGGAGAUUCAGGCAUGCAGUGCCCUCCAAGGCCUCGGACUCCAACAAGCCUUUCUCUCUGUGGCCAAACUAAUCAAGAAAAGCUGAAAAACUGGGCUUAGAAAUGAUGAUUACAGCAAAAUAUUUAUUACUUAAGGCUAUUACCUUAGAACAGAGAUGACUCAUCUGGAUUUAAAGUCAUUUAGUAUAUUGAAUCACAAAGUCAACUGUAGAAAGCAAGUGCACUGACUUGAAAAGGGUGAGACGUUUUUUUCCCCCCAUUUGUUAAACGAUUGAAAUACUCUAACUGUAAAUG